AAACUUACUUAGCGGCUCCAGGUGUGGAGGGGUCCUGAGGGAGCAAUGGAGGCGAAGAGGGGUCGGAGGGAAUACACCUGGUGCCUUCCUCACUUACCUGAAAGGGAGAGGUUUUCUUGGGCUGAGUCUCAUCCCUGGCUAGAGAGAGUGAUGAAUGGUGGUUCUGGUGGGGCGGGGGAGAUCCCAAGCUUUGGUUUCUUCGUCAUUGUGAGGGCUCUGCUGCCUUAACACUGAUUCCUUGGGUGCCAGAGAGCUACACCCAUAAUCUUUGUCUCGGAAGACUGACCAUCAACUCUCCUAAGGAGGUUGUCUGAUGGAUUGAUUCAGAAAGGAAGAAGGCUGGUUAUUAAUAGAAGGGGAAAGAGGGAGAUGCCUCACCACUAUCCUCAGGAUUUCAAAUAUUGAGAAGAAAGAACAUCAGGAGCUAAAUGUUCUAUUUAAACCAGUAGUUGCUGCUCAGAAAAUACAUUAAUAUGCAGACCCUAAGUCAGUGGUUUAUAUGUUCUUCAUGCAAGAGCAAUGCACUAAAGGAGAGAAGUAAGCUGUGUUGAUCAGUGACUUUGGUGAAGACAGAAAGUUGAAACCGAUUUGCAGAUGAUAUACAACUUCUAAGCAUUCUGUAUUGGAAGAAGAGAUUUCUAUAGAUGAAAAAGAUGCCUUUGUUUAGUAAAUCACACAAAAGUCCAGCAGAAAUCGUGAAAACUCUGAAAGACAAUUUGGCCAUUUUGGAAAAGCAAGACAAAAAAACAGACAAGGCUUCUGAGGAAGUGUCGAAAUCACUGCAAGCAAUGAAAGAAAUUCUGUGUGGUACAAAUGACAAGGAGCCUCCCACAGAAGCCGUGGCUCAGCUCGCACAAGAGCUCUAUAACAGUGGCCUGCUGGUGACAUUGAUUGCUGACCUACAGCUGAUAGACUUUGAGGGAAAAAAAGAUGUGACCCAGAUAUUUAACAACAUCCUGAGAAGACAGAUAGGCACUCGGAGUCCUACUGUGGAGUACAUUAGUGCUCAUCCUCAUAUCCUGUUUAUGCUCCUCAAAGGAUAUGAAGCCCCACAGAUCGCCUUACGUUGUGGGAUUAUGCUGAGAGAAUGUAUCCGACAUGAACCACUUGCCAAAAUCAUCCUCUUUUCUAAUCAGUUCCGAGAUUUCUUUAAGUAUGUGGAGUUGUCAACAUUUGAUAUUGCUUCAGAUGCCUUUGCUACUUUUAAGGAUUUACUAACGAGACAUAAAGUGUUGGUUGCAGACUUCUUAGAACAAAAUUAUGACACUAUUUUUGAAGACUAUGAGAAAUUGCUUCAGUCUGAGAAUUAUGUGACUAAGAGACAAUCUUUAAAGCUGCUAGGUGAACUGAUCCUGGACCGACACAACUUUGCCAUUAUGACAAAGUACAUCAGCAAGCCGGAGAACCUCAAACUGAUGAUGAACCUCCUUCGAGACAAAAGUCCCAACAUUCAGUUUGAAGCCUUCCAUGUCUUUAAGGUGUUCGUGGCCAGUCCUCACAAAACACAGCCUAUCGUGGAGAUUCUAUUAAAAAAUCAACCCAAACUCAUUGAGUUUCUGAGCAGCUUCCAAAAGGAAAGGACGGACGAUGAGCAGUUCACUGAUGAGAAGAACUACCUGAUUAAACAGAUCCGGGACUUGAAGAAAACCACCCCUUGAGGGGCUCACCCACCCUCCUGCCACAGUCACCGUGUCAUUUGUUUGUACAGAAAAUGUCAUUUGGAAAAGUCAUUGUUCUUGGGAAGGUUUUGGAGGUGCCUGUUUUUUCUCAAUUCAUUGUUCAGGGUAGAUGGAAUAUAAACAUUUGAAUGAAAAAUGA